UUAGCGUCGUGCAGCAGUCGUGUGCUACAGCUACAGAGGAACAUUUCCAGACAGUGCUUAUGAUGAACGGCCAGCAGGAGGAGCCCGGAGUCAUCGAUGAGCAGAUGCUGCAGCGCGCGGUGGAGGAGCAGCAGACCAGAAACACAGAGGGGAUACAGCUGGAGGAGGUGCUGGAGCUUAGGCUGGACUACAGGAACAUCCUGAAGAUCUAUCACCUGUGGAGUUUCAGCUCUCUGACGAAGCUGCAGCUGGAUAAUAACGCCAUCGAGAGGAUAGAAGGACUAGAAAACCUCACCAAUCUGACCUGGCUGGAUCUGUCAUUUAAUCAGAUCGAGCUCAUUGAAGGUCUGCAGACUCUUGUGAAGCUCCAGGAUUUGAGUUUCUUCAACAACCGGAUCUCUGUCAUUGAGAAUCUGGACACGCUGCAGCAGCUGCAGGUCCUCUCUCUCGGGAACAACACCAUCACUCAACUGGAGAACGUGAUUUACCUCAGGAAGUUUCAGAACUUACGCACCCUCAGCCUAGCGGGAAACCCCAUCUGUGAGGAGGACAGAUACAAGACAUUUGUGUCCGCAUAUCUUCCAGACCUGGUUUAUCUAGACUACAGACUGCUGGAUGAGCAAACGCGUGAAACCGCUAAUGCUAAGUAUCAGUACGCUAUAGAGGAGAUGCGUCAGAAUGAGUUGCAGGAGCAGCAGGUGAUGGAGGCUCAGAAGAUCAGCAAUGAAGAGCUUCAGCUGCACAAGGACGCAUUCGUGGAGAACCUGAACGGCGCUCAGCUCUUCGACAGCAUGUUUGCAGAUGAUCCUGAUGCUGAGAAACUGGCUCUGCUGCCGGGAGUAGACGCUCUGCUGGAGGAGUUUAGGAGCAGAAUGGAGGCUGUGUGUGUGCAGAUGUUUGACACUGGUUUGUCUCAGCAUUCUCGGAGGUCUGCGGAGGUGGAGUCUUUCCUCAGCUGUUCUCGAGAAGCCGUGGCUGAAAACAAGCAGAAAGCGGCACAGAUCGCAGCCGACUUCGAGAGCUCCAGGAGACAGAAGACAGCGGAGAUGCAUCAGAUCAGGGAUGCUGUUGAGCUGGAAACACACCUGAGCGUCUGCCGUCAGCAGCUCACACACACGUCUGAGCAGCUCAUGAGCCUGGAGCUGCAGCUGGUGGACCAACUGGAGGACGUCUUCAAAGACUUUGAGAGGAAUAUCUUAGAGAUGGUCGGAGGCUUCGUUGAGUUUGUGCAGGGGAUGUUUGCGCAGUGCAGAGAUCUGGAGAACCAGCACCAUGAACAGCAGCUGGAGAUCGGCCUGGAAACGCUGGAGAAAGUCCUCAAGAAUGAGCUUGAAGAGGAGAUCCCGGAUGAUCUGGCCAUGCUGUUAGUAGAUAAAGACACGGUGAUCAACGCAGCGAGCGCUUCACACGACACGCACCUGAUGAAGAUCGAUAACAGAGAAGACAAGCUGGUCACACAAACAAACAGCUGGUUCGAACGCCUGGUCACAGAGAUACAAGAUGAAGAGGUGAAGAGGAAUCGCAAGCGCAUCUCAGAAAUACAAAACUACAUUCACUUUGUGAAGGACGAACUGGAGGACCUGACACUACCUGAGCAGCAUUAACACAUUCAUCAGACAGAGAGAAAGAGAAAUUAUCAAUAUAAUGUAUGAACAAUAUGAUAUGUUUGCUGAUAUGAAUUGUUUUUGUUUAUUAAAAUCUGAUAUAAAAUGAA